UCUGCUCUUUCCACAAGCUGCUGCACUGACUGCUACACAGGUGUCAUCGUGUCGUCCUGUCUGUCAGAUGAAAAGCUGAUCGAGCGCGUGCGAUAACAAUGCAGAAAAGUCAAUGCGCAGAGAAGCAAAAGCAUGUCAGGAUACUAAUUAAAAGCAACUAAUUAGCGUGGUAACGCGAGCGAUACGUAGCAGUGUGAUAGGAGUCGCGCGGCGCGACUUGAUAAUGAUUCCGCUUGCAGAAGUCGCCAGGAAAUCCUCCGAUAACGAUAUAAUACAGGUCCACACAUGUCGUUGAAUUUCGACGUCUGAGAGACACAUUGCUGCGUUGGAUCGAACGUGUACACGAUAUAGAACGCAAAAUGUCAAAGUUACACUACAUUGGUCUCUAUUUGCUCUUCCUUGGGGGUUGCAGCAGUGUCUAUCCCGACUGGGAAACCAAAUGGCAAAUUCUGUGUCCAGCGCUAUAUCCGCAUGUUUUUACAAGUUACGCACCAAGAGGCAAUCUGACAGUUGGAAUCUACACCAGGCAACCACAUCUAACCGACAUAAAGCACUGUGUAGCAGCAUGCUGUAACCAACAGCUGUGUCAUGUAGCCAUGAUCUAUAACAUGACUUGCUUUCACAUACAGUGCACAUCGUCAAACAUUUGUUUACCACUGUACAGACCCAAUUUGGCAAAUGUGAAUCCACCAAGAAUGGUCCUUGUUAAACCUGUUGAUGAAGAGGAGUCAUGGAAUGACUUUAUUGAUCAAGACUCUGAUGUACCUGGUGCAAUGUCAGAUGCUACAGAACCUGAAGUUUCAUUUUUUGGAGCAAGCAGCCUGCAAUGCAGCAGUACGGAGGGAUGUAUGGAAAAUGAAGUAUGCGUAAAGGAUCUUAAAAAGUCUGAAACAGGAAUAUGCGAAUGCACUGUUGGCUAUAAAAGAAAUCUUGCUGGUAUUUGUAGCAAUUACCAAAAUCUUCAAGAAUUGGAUGCAGUAUCACCAGAUUCAAUGAAAAUGCGAAUGUCCAAAGAGCGGACAUCUCUAAAACUACCAGUAAAACUAAUUUUCGUCAAGACAAUGUCCAAGGAAGUACGUUUGCCGGAAAACGAAGUGUCGUUAUCGGCGUUUACAGUACCCUCAGAAGAUGAAAAUGAUCAUUACACAUAUGCAUGGACUCUUCUCAGCCAACCAGAAGCACACACUGGCACAAUGACCGAUCAAACGCAGAAAACAGUUAAAUUGAGUAAUUUGUCAGAAGGAUUGUACAAAUUCAAAGUAACAGUUAAUGGGGUCAAUAGCUAUGGUGAAUUGUACAAAUUCAAAGUAACAGUUAAUGGGGUCAAUAGCUAUGGUGAAGCAUACGCAAACGUCACUGUAUUACCUCCUAAAAGAUUGAACCAGGUUCCAAUUCCUAUAAUAUCGCCUGCCUCACAAAUUGUAAAAUUACCAAAUACUGGAGCCGUGUUAGAUGGCUCGGCGAGCAAGGACGACGAUAAAAUUGUCUCUUAUCACUGGGAAUUACAGCAAGGUCCCAUUGGUUAUCAACCUAAUCUUGUUGACACACCAACUCUGCAAUUGGACAAUUUAAUUGCUGGAAAUUAUACUUUCAAAUUGACUGUUGAAGAUUCUGAUCACGUGACGAAUUACACAACAGCAAACAUUACAGUUUUGAAAGUGACAGACUAUCCCCCAAGUGCUAACGCAGGCCAGGAUGUCAUUAUUUACUUGCCGCAGAACACACUCACUCUUAAUGGCAAUUUGAGUACAGACGACAGAGGCAUUUCCAGUUGGGAAUGGACGAAGAGUCCGUCGGACGAGAACAAAGCCGUCGACAUGCAAGACACCAGGACUCCAUAUUUGCAUUUGUCGAAUUUAGAAGAGGGAAUGUACACUUUUGUUCUAAAAGUCACUGAUGAUUCUGAUCAAUCGUCAACGUCCGAAGUUCACGUCUUCGUGAAACCGCCUACAAACAAACCACCUAAAGCUGACGCUGGAGAUGAUAUUAUAAUUGCUCUGCCUGAAACACAAACUGUGCUCAAUGGUUCGAGAAGCAAAGAUGAUAUUAAAAUAGUGUCUUAUCACUGGAAACAAAAUUCUGGGCCUAGUAAAGUAUCGUUUACAGCCUCCAACGAGUCAAUAACGAAUGUUACAAAUUUAACAAAAGGGGAUUAUUCGUUCAGAUUGACUGUUAUUGAUGACAAUGGUAAUAAAGAUUAUGCAGAUGUAAAACUUAAAGUGACUCAAAAUAAAAAUGCACCUCCAAAGGCAAAUGCAGGAGGAGAUCAAACUAUAAUUGCACCUGUGUAUGCUCUAAUCAUCAAUGGCUCUCAGUCAACAGAUGAUUUGAGAAUUAAAAAGUGGUUGUGGAGUAGAGAUCCAAAAAGUUUAGCAAUUGGGAACAUUGUUGAAGGAACUGAUAAAUCACCAAUUUUAAUGGUGACAGAUGUUGUUCCAGGAAGAUAUGUUUUCACAUUAAAAGUUACAGAUGAUCAAGAAUUAAGUAGUGAAGAUACUACUUCAGUCAUAAUCAAGGCUGAUACAUACCUUCUUAAUUUAGUAGAAUUAACAUUAAAUAUUGGUGCUCAUAUGUUAACUGAAUAUCAGAAAAAUCAAUUAGUUCUCAAACUGCAAAUGCUACUUAGAGAAGAAACUUCUAUUGUUGUACGUAACAUAAAAGCCAAUUCUCAUUCCGGCAAAGUUGUUUUAGUGUUUUAUGUGGUGAAAAGGGAUGGAAAAUCUACAAUGCCUGGACCAGAGGUAGUAAAUAAGUUGAAAGAAAAACUUAGACAAGAUUCUGGUAUUUUACAAUUAUCAGUGGUCAAUAUCGAUACAGCUGUUUGUCAAAACAAUUGUUCAGGUCAUGGAACAUGUGAUCAAGAAACCAGACAGUGUAUGUGUGAAGCAUUUUGGAUGCAAAAUCUUGUGCAAGUAUAUUUUAGAAAUGGAGAAUCUAAUUGUGAUUGGAGUAUUUUAUAUGUAAUUAUAGGACUGUUAUCACUUAUCAUAUGUUUAACUGGCUUUAUAUGGGGACUUGUGUGCUUCUGUCAUAGAAUAUGUUAUGGAAAGCGACGACUUACACGUCCAAAGAAGAAGCCGACUCGCUAUUCCCUGUUACAAGCAGAGCCUGGAGAUGAGAGCACUACAUUUUCAGCUCAAAAAGUUGUUUUAUCGGAAUCUGACACAGACUCUGACGAUGUAAUGUUUGAUAAAUUUAAAAGUAGUAAAACCAAUGGACAUUUAAAAAAUGCAAAGUUUCGAAAUGGUUUUUCAAAAUCCAGUUCAAAAAUAAAAACAUGAGACUAUUUUGAGAAUAACUAAGAACAACUUGAGAACUAGAUGAAUGCAUAAUUUGCUAUUUCUUCGCCAAAUAGAUUUAACUAGUCAGUAAACACUGAGUUUCUAAGAGAUGUAACAAAAAAGAGAAGAAUGUCAGGUCUAAAGGACUCAUAAUAUAGUCUAAUCGCCAUUUGUAUAAUAAAUCAUCAAAUAGAACAUAAUCUGCUUAUAAACAAGCAAAAAGAAUUUCUGUAUUUUAAUAUUGUGAUCCAACUUAUGAAAGAUAUUGUAAGUAUUUAAAAAUAUUUGAUUUCUACUGAUGUAAAAUUUUUAUGACGUGCAACAAGUAGCUUAAGCUAUGAAAGUUUAUAAAAAAAAUAUAUCUGCAAUGUGGCAAUGUUUGUAAACUCUAUACUUCAAUCUGAAAAAAUAUGUAAACAUUAUUAAAAAUAACGGUUUUUGAAUGGUGUACAAUACUAUACCUAUUUUACAGUAAUCAUUGAUUUACAAUAAUUCUUUUGCUGGGUAAAAUUCUUAUACCAAAUAAUAAGAAUGAAUAUAUAGAAAUAUUCAUUGUAAAAAUGCAUCAUGAAUUUUUUCAAGUGCACAAACUCAUUGCCAAAGUAAGAACGUCAUACUCCAACAAAACUGUGAUCAUCCCAUCACAUUGUGGUGUUUCAUAAAUAAAUACAAAUGAAGAAAAAAAAAGGAAAUGAUUUAAAAUAUGUAUGUGUUACAUCAAGUAUUCCUUUGUAUUUUUAAUAAAUUCUACAUU